GUUUUCUUCGUAAAUUUAGUUUAAAAGUAUUACGUAAAAUGAACAAGAUAAAAAGAUAAAUAACAAUUUUUAUCAGUCCUUCAGUCUGCAAUUUUCUUAUCGCCAGCGCCAACGUUGUUGAAAAUUCUCUGUUGCAACUUUUUAUCGCGCAAAUUUUCUUUCCUUGCUUUCUUAUUAUUAUGGUUUUAGACAAAUUCAAGUUAAUCAUAACAUUAGUAAAUUAAACCAAAUAUUAUAUACACAAGACCUCUUUUGUUUACUUUAACUUUCAAAAAUGUAGGAUAGAAGCGAUUUGCACUCGUUUAUAAACAGUUUCAGAGGUCGCGAUUAGAUACUGAUAGCAGGGUUCGUUUUGUGAUACGAUGAGGAAACUAUAAGGUUUACAUUCUAUUAUUGAUGUUUCAGGAACUGAUGGAAAUGAAAAAAUGUCCUGCAAUUCGGAGGAACAUUUGGAUACUUCUUCUGGGCGUAGUUUUGAUUGUUUUUGGAUUGAUGAUUAUAGUUAACAUAUCUUGGAUGUUUGAUACACUUGUACAACAGCUUAUUGCUGUAGCACCAUCAUCAGAAGCAACAAGACAUUGGUCAAAAUCUGCUAAACCGAUCCCAAUGUAUAUUUAUUUCUUUAACUGGACUAAUCCAGAAGAUAUUUAUAAUCCAAAUGUUAAACCGAGGUUCGAAGAAGUAGGGCCUUACGUCUUUAGAGAAUUUAAGGAAAAAAUAAAUGUUGUUUUCAAUGAAAACGAAACCGUAUCUUAUUCUUCAGUUUCCACUUAUUUCGAGGAUACGGAAAAUUCAAGAAAUUUUUCCGAUGUCAUCACUUCUAUUAACUUCGUAGCAUACGCGGCAUCUAAGAAAUUAAAGGAAGCUAACUUCUUCCAGAAGAAAAUAUUUUCGUUGUACUUGUCGUCUAUAAGCAGUUUGUACAUAAGAAGAACUGUUAAAGAAUUAUUGUUUGAAGGGUUUAAAGAUCCUUUAUUGGAUACUUUUAAUCUCAUCCCCCCAUUUCUAACUGGAACCGUAGCGCCUGAUAGAUUUGGAUGGCUCUAUGGAACGAACGGAUCCUCAGGAGGGAACGUGUUCAACAUGGGCGUCAGCAAGGAUCAAAAUUACGGACGCCUCUACAGCUGGAACUAUCACACGACGAAUCCAUUUUAUGAAGGAAGCUGUAGAGAAAUCCGUGGAACAGCUGCGGAAUUGUACGCAAUGAAUAGGCAGAGGAAUAACCAAUAUUUCUUCCAUUACGAACUAUGCAGAUCGUUCUCGUUGGCAUACGAAAGGGAUGAAGAAAUUAAUGGGAUUAAUGGAUAUAAAUACCAUCUGGGACCCGAAAAUUUUGAUAACGGCACAUACGCCCCUGAAAAUGUCUGUUAUUGUAAUGGCGAUUGUUUACCCGUUGGAGUUAUGAAUCUUACCGCAUGCAGGCAGGACAGUCCAAUUUUUUUCUCACUCCCACAUUUUUAUGAGGCCGAUUCCUAUUAUUUAAGAGCUCUCGAUGGACUCAACCCUCGAAAGGACGAUCACGAAUUUUCAAUUACUUUAGAACCGAAAACGGGCGUAAUCACCAAUGUCGCUGGCAGGAUACAAUUAAACGUAUUAUUGGAACCUGAUCCAAAUAUAUGGUUUUAUCAGAAAGUACCAAAGCUGAUGUUUCCAAUAUUCUGGUUUCAACAGAAUUUCACAAUGUCAGGUGAAGUGGCCGACAAAUUCAGGAUUUUGUUAAGGUUACCGGAUUUUGGUGUCGCUUUAUGUAUGAUAGUGAUCUGUCUGGGACUCGUAUUGGGAAUUUUAGCACUCUACAAUUUUCUACGCGAGAGGCGGAAAGAACCACAAGUAAUAAAAAUGUCCGAAAUAAUAAAAAUUCCCGAAGAAGUGCCGUUGCGAUCUUAACAAAAUCUCUUCAGUUACAACAUGGCAAAAUUUUUAUUUAUAGCAAUAAUAAAGUGUGCAUCAUAACAGUUUUUAAAAA